AUGAGUGAAUGCUUGAUGUUCGGUAUGGAUUGUGAGGCGAGAUGUAUGACGACGAUGACGGCGGAUGAGGAGAAUAUCUGCUUUCUUGUGGGGACGAAUAACAUCAAAAAUGACAAGAAUCAGGUGAACAAGCUAUUCAUGGAUCCGGAAGCGUCUCGUCUCAUGUCGAAAUCAUUCCGACAUCCAGCUGGAGAAGUGAGAGCAAUUGCAGCACACCCAACAAAGAGUACGAUUCUGGCAACGUGUACUGCGGAUUUCAGCACUCUCGGUGGUACUCAUUCGAUCACAAUUUGGAAUAUAGAAGAAGACAAACGAACUCUGGAAACAGUAAGUCGGCUACCCACUGAACCAGUGAUGUCUUCACUCGAAUGGGAACCGAACUCAAUGAAAUGUGCGACGAUGACUCCGUUCAUUCCGAAAGUUCAUCUGUUAGAUAUGGAAUUAGAGCCGCGAAUCGUUCAAACUAUGAAAAUCCCGUUGAGAAAUGAGGAGGAUGAGUUGUUAAGUAUCAAAUGGAGUCCCCAUUACGAUGGAAAUAUGUUGGGAGUGACGACGGGAAGACAUUCGAUUUGUUUCGAUGUGAGGACACAGAGUGAGCAUCUGAAAGUUACGGAUGCACAUCUUCAUAGGACGAUUUCAAUGGAUUUUAAUCCGAAUUUACAGCAUGUAAUUGCAACUGGCGGUGACGAUGGUUACGUCCGUCUCUGGGACACGCGUUCCAUCUCGACUCCCCUCAUGACUCUCCACCCACACGCUCAUUGGGUGUGGAGUGUCCAAUUCCAUCCGGUACACGACCAAUUGAUACUGACGGGCGGUUCGGAUGCAUCUGUUGUUCUUUCGUGUGCACAGAGUGUUUCGAGUGAACAACAGAAAGAGUUUCGAGAUGAUGAUGAGGAGGAGGAAGAAGAGGAGGAGGAUUUGGUGGAGAAAUUACAAGAUGGACAGUUGGAACGAAUUGAUGAGCAUGAGGAUAGUGUAUACGCCUGCGCUUGGUCAUCAGCAGAUCCGUGGACAUUCGCCUCACUUUCGUACGACGGACGAAUGAUUGUAUCGAAUGUUUCGCGGAAACACAAAUACGCUCUAAUGCAGUUGUAG